AUGGAGAAAACGAUCUUUUUGAUAGCAAUUGUUUCCCUUUCAACUUUUCAAGUUGUUUAUGUGACGGUCGUCACGCAGGCUACAAACAAACACAAGCUCUUGAAUCUUGAUAAUCUUUACAACAUCAAAAAGUCCCCUAAUUCUACCAUCGACACUAGUAUCCAUUUCGAGUCGUCACUCUUUGUGAAUAAUUUAGCCAGCGUUGUUCUUCCCCAAGAAGGCCUUAAAAACAAUGAUAAAAUCCACAAGUUUCCAGGGCAACCAUACGUCAGAUUCGACCAGUAUGGUGGAUAUGUUACCGUGGAUCAAUCUGAUGGUCGGGCUUAUUACUAUUACUUUGUUGAAGCUCUGAAGGCAAAAGAUUCGUUACCGCUUCUUCUUUGGCUCAAUGGAGGUCCGACUUGUUCUUCACUCGGUUUUGGAGCUACGCAGGAGCUUGGGCCAUUUCGGGUCAACAGUGAUGGAAAAACUCUGUAUAUAAAUGAAUUUGCAUGGAAUAAUGUGGCAAAUGUUUUGUUUGUGGAAGCACCUGCAGGCGUCGGGUUUUCAUAUUCAAACUCAACAUCAGAUUACUUGAAUUGUGGAGAUGCUUCAACCGCAGCGGACAAUUAUGUGUUCUUGUUAAAUUGGUUGGAAAGAUUUCCGGAGUACAAAGAAAGGGAGUUUUAUAUCUCAGGAGAAAGCUAUGCCGGACACUAUGUGCCUCAGCUCGCACAUACCAUUCUUUACAACAACAAAAUUGCUAACAAAACCUUAAUCAAUCUUAAAGGAAUCCUUAUUGGGAACGCAUUGAUUAACCAUGAGACUGAUACGCUAGGAGAGUAUGAUUACCUUAAUUCUCAUGCUAUAGUAUCAGAUGAAGCAAUAGAUCAAGUCCGCGAUGUGUUUUCUUUCACAAUGUCUACGACAAAUCUAGAUCAGUGCAAUGAAGCGCAGUAUGAGAUCAGCCAUGAUAUUGAAUAUAUCAAUGUCUACAACAUUUUUGCACCUUUAUGUUUGGAUUCGAAUCUUACUUCCAAGCCUAAGCCAAUGUCUCAGGUUAUUGAUCCAUGUAGCGAUUUCUAUACCCAUGCUUAUAUGAAUCGUCAAGAUGUUCAAGAAGCUAUCCAUGCUAAUGUCACGAAACUGGAUCAUGAGUGGAAUUUAUGCAGUAGUAUCAUAGAUGUCUGGUCUGAUAGCCCUCAGACGAUUAUUCCACUCCUUAGGGAAUUGAUGGAGAAUAAUCUUCGUGUGUGGAUAUUCAGUGGUGAUGCUGAUGCAAUAAUACCAGUCACGUCGACCAAGUACUCUAUUAAUUCGAUGAGUCUUCCUAUAAAGACUCCAUGGCAUCCAUGGCUUGAUCAUCAAGGGGAGAUGGGUGGUUUUACACAAGUUUAUGAAGGAGAUUUGACGUUCUCCACAGUUUUAGGGGGAGGUCACCAGGUCCCGAGCGACAAACCAAAGAGUGCACUCACACUUGUCACGCAUUUCUUGACCGGAGAACCUCUCGACUAUAUAAGACAUUGA